AUGGAAUACAAAGUAUGUCUCUUUGGUUUUGAACAUAGUGGAGUUAGAAGCCUUAUCCAUAGACUCAUUACUGGUAAUUUCAGUGGAAGUCCAGUAGUUUUUAAAGAAGAAUAUCAAUCCAUUGAGUACAAAAUGAGUAAAAAAGUGGUAAAGAUAAAGAUUUGGGAUAAUUUGACUCUAGAACAAAAACAUAAAUCAACUAAUGAGUCAUUUGUUAAAGAUGCUUCAGCUGUUAUCAUAGUCUGUGAUAUUUUACAACCAAAUAUUGCUAUUAAAUUUAAAUCUCUUGUAACAAAAGUUCUUCUUUUUAAACCAGAUUGUAAAAUCCUUAUUGCAUUCACUAAGAGUGAUCUUCCCAAUUCUGGAAUAGAUCUAGAAAUAGCUGAAUUGAUUCUGGAGAGAAAGCUGGAUAUGGUAUCUGUUUCCUCUAAGACUGGUGAUGGGAUAUCAAAAGUUGAGGAAUUUAUUAUUUCUCAAACCCAGGAAGGGUUGAAUAAAAAGGAUAUUUCAAAGAAAUUUUCAUCAAGUACUAAAACACCUUUUACAAAAGAGAAAAAUGGAUUUUCAAGAAUAAGGCAAUUAUGUAAGUUUUAA